ACUUUUCUAGGGACUUCUGUCUUCUGUGAUCUGGGAGCUCACGUCGACCAGAGUUCUCGGUCGGCUGUGACGUUUUGCAUCACGUGUCUGUCUCUGCCCUGGGUACGUACGUCGUAUUUUCCUCUCACUCUCCCUGAGCUGAGAGCCAUUGGAAAUAAACAAGACCAAGAGGGCCAUUGUGCCAUCAGCCGAAGUGGCUAGUGUAACGUUUAUCACCAGUGGAUGAAGAGAGAGGGGUAGCCUACCACCCCUAUCAAAGUUGGCAUCAAUAAAGCCCCAAGCUAACGUUAUGUAUUUACUUUAUAAAUAGUCCGGUUCAUUGUUAACUUUCUUUAGAGUCUAAACUAUUUCCCUUGGACCAGGCAAGGUUCCUCUCUGGCUCGUUCCCUCGCUGCAGAACACACACACACACACCUGGAGGUCACACACACAAACCCAGGAACAGGCCGUUGGUCAUGUUCUGUCCCCGCCACCCCCUCCCCAUGGCUGGUCCAUAAGAAGGAGCAACCACUCCACUCUGAACUCUCUGACGCCAGUAACACUCGACCACAGUCAACCGACCCCACCGACUGGUCUCAGCCAUGGCCAGCAAGCGGAAGUCCACCAUCCCCUGUAUGAUUCCCAGCAAGACCAUGCACCUGCGAGAGGAGCUGGAGCAGGAGGCCCCAUCGCUGGCCCGCCUGGCCAGGGAGCAGGGCUUCCUCUCCCGGGGCGGCAGGGGGAGCCCCCUGGUCGAUCAGGGUCUGUCCUACCGGCCAGAAGGGGGCGACGCGCUGAAAGACGGCGGCGGCACCUACACCUGCAGGCCGUGCAACUUCGAGACCCACGACCUGAACCUGUUCCUGGACCACGUGUACAGCGGACACCCGGACUUCCGCGCCGACCCCAGCUUCCACUGCCUGGACUGCGGCGUGUCGGCGGCUAAGUUCGAGGGCCUGGCCCUGCACAACGCACGCUCCCACCCCAGCACGCUGAGCACCAUGCUGCAGCUGAGGAGGCGGGAGCGGAGGGUGGUGGUGGAGCAGAGCCUGCUGGCGGGGACGGAGGGCGAGAUCUCCAUCACCAAAACCCCCAUCAUGAGGAUGCUCAAGGGGAAGUCUGAACCCAAGAGGAUCGUGGUGUCCCACUCGUCGAGCGCCGACGAAAUCGAGUCCUUCCAAGGCCGGGACGGGGACAGGAAAGAGGCGCCGGCGGUGGCGGUGACCCACGUGCCCACCAUCGUCCACAACGGCGCGGCCACCAAGGUGUCGCUGCCCUCCGCCAUCCAGAUCGUCAACGGUUCAGGAACUCUCCCCAUGCUGAAGACCGCCAUCACACAGGUGGUGUCGGUGGUGCAGAACCGGAGCCUCAACCAGCAGUCAGCGCCUAUCACCGUGUCCUCCGCCUUCUCCUCCACCUCCACCUCAGCCUCCUCCAAGAACAUGCCCAAGGUGAUGAUCCCUCUGAGCAGCAUCCCUACCUACAGCGCCUCCAUGGACUCCUCCUCCUUCCUGAAAACCUCCUUCAGCAAGUUCCCCUACCCCACCAAGGCGGAGCUCUGCUACCUGACAGUGGUCACCAAGUUCCCCGAGGAGCAGAUCAAGAUCUGGUUCACGGCCCAGAGACUCAAGCAGGGCAUCAGCUGGUCCCCCGAGGAGAUCGAGGAGGCCCGCAGGAAGAUGUUCAACACCAUCAUCCAGACGGCCUCCCCCAGCUCCCAGCAGCAGCGCCACAACCUGUCCCAGAGCCACUCCAGUCAGUCCCAGCACACCAUCACGGUCCUCCCCGCCUCGCUGGGCCCCACGGGUAUCCCGCACAUCCUCCAGGGCUCCCUGGUCAGCCAGGGGAGCGUCAUCGUCACACAGCCCAUAAUGGCCAACGGCAUCCAGGUCACCAGCGCUCCCAUGGCCCUCGCCGUGACCCCCAAGCCGCAGGCCGCUGCCCGGCCCAUGAUGCAGGCCCGACCUGCCGCCGCCCUAGUGGCUGACAAGGGGAUCAGCAUGGUGGUGGGCUCCGUGGGGAGCAGCAGCAGUGGAAGCCACAUCGUUAGCAGCAGCGGUAGCAGUAACGGCGGAAGCAGCACAAGCAGUAUUAUCAGCAGUAGCAGUAGCAUUCACAGCAAUAGCAGCAGCAGUAGUUUGAGCAGUCACGCAAGUGUGAUCAACCUUAGUAUUGGAAACGGUAACUACAGUAAUACCAAUGGUAAAAUCAACAAUGCUAAAAUCAUUAAUAUCAACGCUUACCUAAAUGGCAAGAGCAACAUGAGUGCUGCUAGCCAUGUUUUUUCCGCUAAAAGCAACGCUGAUGCUAAAAACAGCAGUGGUGUGAAGUGUAAUAGCGAUAGCAGAAUUAGCAUUGGCAUAAGCAGCCCGGACAGGAAAGCUAACAGCACCAGUAAAGACAACAACAGUCAAAAGAGCAAAGAUGCUAACAGCGCUAGCAACAAGAGCAUUAGCCUUAGCAGCACCACCACCACAACAAGUGCCACCACAACCAUGGCUACACCCACAGCUGUGACCACCAACUCCACGGCUAACACCGCCACGGUUAAAACUGAGGGCUCCUCCUCCCCUGCCACCAAGUCUUCCUCCCCCGCACCGGCAACCAACUCCAGCGGAACCCCCAGCUCCAGAACGCUUCCCAACACCUUCCUGGACCCCAGCUUCUACAAGAGCAAGAAGUCUCAGGAGCAACUGGGCGCGCUCAAAGAGAGCUUCCUGACCAAUCAGUUCCCCAACCAGGAGGAGGUCGACCGCCUCAUAGCCCUGACAGGCCUUACCGUCCGCGAGGUUCGCAAGUGGUUCAGCGACCGCCGCUACCAUUUCCGUAACCUCAAAGGCUCGCGGUCGAGCACGGGCGGCCAGGGCAGCGGCCAGGGCAGCGGCCAGGGCAGCGGCCAGGGCAGCGGCCAGGGCAGCGGCCAGGGCAGCGGCCAGGGCAGCGGCCAGGGCAGCGGCCAGGGGAGCGGCCAGGGGAGCGGCAAGUCUGCGACCGGCUCUACGCCAGGCUCCACGGCCGGCUGCGGCGCCACCCCCAUGGACCUAUCAGACGGUGCCACCCGCACCGACACGCCUAAACCCCCCCUGCAGGGCUUGGCGCCCCUCAGCCCCCCUCCCUCGCAGACGCCCACAUCCCCCACCACGCCCUCUCGCCGGCCCCCCAGACCCCCCUCCCCAGACUUCACAGCCAUCCGCUACAAAGAGAGGGACCCCCAACAGGUGAAGGCGCUCGAGGCCAGCUUCUCCCAGGACUCAGACCCCCCCGGAGAGGAGGUGGACCGGCUACGGGCCGAGACCAAGAUGACCCGACGGGAGAUCCACGGCUGGUUCGCCGAGAGGAGGAAGAGAGUGGCCGCGGAGAAGAAGAAGGAGGACCUGGAGAGGGCGGAACGAGAGGAGGAGGACCUGGCCGAAGCGGCGGCGGCGGGGGGAGAGGAGGGAAAGAGGGGGGACGGCGUCAAGAAAGAGGAGGACGCGGAGGAAGGGAAGGAUGAAAGGCAGAAGGAGGACGGCACGGGCUCCGAGCUCAAAGUCAACCCCAUCAAGAUCAACCUGAAGAUGCUGAAAGUGACCGAGGCCAACGGGAAGGCGGAGAACGAGGCGGGCCAGGCAACCGGCCAAUCGGACAGCUCCGCCAUGCCACCGCCCUCCGCCUCCAACCCCACCCCGUCGCCCUCCCCCGUCCCGUCCUCAGCACUCACCCCCAAGCCAGUCCUCUCCCAGUCCCCGAAACCCUCCUCCUCCCCCAAGCCCUCGCCAAUCCGGGGCAAGAAGACCGCCGAGCAGCUCCACCUCCUUAAACAGGUGUACGCCCGCACGCAGUGGCCCAGCAGCACCCAGUACGACGAGCUGAUCUCGGGCACCGGCCUGCCCCGCCCCGAGGUGGUGCGCUGGUUCGGGGACUGCCGCUACGUGCAGAAGAAUGGCCAGCUCAAGUGGCUGGAGGCCUACCAGACCAUGGCCCUGGAGGAAGACCUCCAGAGGGGGGACAUCCAGAUGCUCCGAGCCCACCUGGAGGCUCACGGCAGCCUGGAGGAAGGACAGGUGUUGGAGCUGGCCCAGGCCAGUGGCCUCACGGAGGAACUGGUCCGACGCUGGUUCUCCACCCAGACCUCCGCCCCGCCGGCACCCUCCCCGUGCCAGCCCGCCACAGCCCCCCCCCCCCCCUCCGACCGCCACCAUUCCCAGCCAGACUCCUCCACCACCCCUCUCCUCCCAGGCCGCCCUGUCACCACCAUCCCCACCCCCCCCACCCCCACUCGCUGCCCAGACCCCCCCGCCACCCCAAGCCGAGGGGGGCGGAGGGGAGGGGACGGAAGCACAGACGCCGGAGGCGGCGGCGGCGGGGGCUCCGUCUGUGGUGACGGGGGGGUCAGCGUCGCUACCCGAACCCGAGCAGGGGGGCGGGAAGGAGCUGAGAGUGGAGCCGUCUGUGUGCGGGAGCACGGAACAGGACCAGGAGAAGAAGGAGGAGCCUGUCGAGGCUGUCCAACCUGCUGAAGGAGCCGAGUAAGGGGACCUUUGUGGAAGAGGAGGAGGAGAGUGAGAAAGGGACGACCCGGAGGGACGGCGAUACGCCGGUGGUCUUCAGAAGGGAGUGUGUGACUGUGUGUGUGUGUGUGUGUGUGUGUGUGUGUGUGUGUGUGUGUGUGUGUGUGUGUGUGAGCAAGCGGAAGACAGCAUAUGUGAUUGUAAUGGGAUCACUGGAAAUGGACCCUGAUCCACCCCCCCCUCCCCGUUCCUGAAGCAUGCUUUCCUCUGUCCCACUGACCCCAUCACACACACACACACCCUGUGCCGGAGGUGGGCUCUGAUCUCCCUCCCAAAACACGCAAGGACAGACUCUCUGAGCCCCCUUCCCUCUUCCCCCCGGCUCUCUCACACACUUCCCCCCCCCCUUCCUCUGCCCUCCCACCUCCUCCAUCCUGCCUUCCGCCAUUUUCUCCUUCCAAUGACAGUAGAGACUCAUGGUUAGGAUUCACUGAGGAGGGUGGGUUUUCACUUCUUCUUCCGUGCCUGUUCGCUUGCCUGCCCUCGGAAGGACAGAAGAGGACGGGGAGGGGGGGGUGUGGGAGGGGGGUGGGGGGGACGCGUGCUGGGGAUUCAGACCCCGGAUGAGUCGGGAGGAGAGAGGAAGGGGUUAUUCAAAUCCUGACUGGACAGAUAUCGACCAAGCCAAUUCUCAAGAGGGGAUCGGUCGUGCGUGUAGAGAAAGACGGCGCUCCGAAGAGGUUUGGUACGAAAUAUGAACUGCACAGCUCUUUGUAAGUGUUGUCCGUUUAGGGUUUUUUUUGUAAAGGGAGACAGUGUGGGAAGGGGGAGGGGCCUGAGGACAGCCAUGUCUGUGUUUUAGCAUCAAGUGCUUCUGUACGUCACCGACGUCUAGCUGUAUUUCUUUCUUAAAAACGUAAUAAAUCCUGACUGUACAAGGAAUAUGAAAACUGUUUUACCAAGAUUUCCAACAUACCUAGGACUGUUGUAUCAUUUUUACAGAUGUUAUUUGCAGAAUAAAUAAAAUGUA